AGAUUAUUAAUACAAAAUAAAAUCUCUUUUCAUUAGAAAAAAUAAAGAGAGAGGCCACUUUUAUAAAGAUUGGGAUUGUAGUUCCUUUGACAACCACCCAUAUAAUAAUACUCCCCAACACCCAAAAAGACAACACAAACUUGGAAAAAUGGAAGAAGAGAAGAGAUUGGAGCUAAGGCUGGCUCCUCCCUGCCACCAAUUCACUUCCAACAACAAGAGCAAUGGAUCUAGGCAAAGAAGCUCGACCAAAGAAACAUCAUUUGUUUCCAAUAACAGGGUUGACGCAGCACCGGUGGUGGGAUGGCCGCCGGUGAGACAAUCCCGGCGAAACCUAGCGGCACAGCUAAAGGAGGAGAUAAAGAAGAGGGAGAGUGAUCAUGAAGAGAAAGAGUUGUACGUAAAGAUCAACAUGGAAGGAGUUCCCAUAGGAAGAAAAGUCAACCUCUCAGCUUUUAACAACUACCAACAGCUUUCACAUGCCGUUGACCAACUCUUCUCUAAGAAAGAUUCGUGGGAUCUAAACAGACAAUACACUUUGGUCUACGAAGACACUGAAGGAGAUAAAGUUCUGGUGGGAGAUGUUCCUUGGGAGAUGUUUGUAUCGACCGUGAAGAGGUUGCAUGUUUUGAAGACCUUCAACGCCUCCUCGCUCUCUCCUAGAAAACAUGGCAAGGAAUAGAGUGAGGUUGGCCAAAAUCAUCAGUUCGAUGAUUUGUUUUUAAAUGUAAUUUUUGUGGAAACUAAUAGGGUUUGGUUAUUAAACCAAAAAAAAAAGGGUUUGGCUUGAUUUACUAUGUUUCUUUUCUUUUUUAUUUAUUUAUUUAGAAUUUAUCUUAACAACUUAUAUUCUAGGUUUUUGCUUGCUACGUUUUUUUUUGUUGUUGUAAAUAUGCUGUUCGUUCCAGUAAUCUGAGUUAUUAUGUUUAUCGCGUGUAUAAAAAGCAGUGGCUCUCAUUUAUUAUAGUGCUUGAUAUUUGUUGAAA